AUGGCAACCUGGAGCAUAAUAUAUAUUAUCACCAAUUCAGAUGUCAAAACAAGGAGCAUUACAUGGCAAGAGCAUAAUAUAUAUUAUUUCUCAAGAUUUGGUGUAUCAUUCUGGCAAGGAGUCCAAAGAUCAAUUUCCGUGAAAGAAAGUGGAAUCCAAGAUCCAAUAGAGGUUUUGAUUGGCCAAGGGAAAUUGUUGAUUGGCUAUCCAAGGUCAUUCCAUUCUGUGCCUUCUGAAACAUUUACUGACCUGCAUGUAUUUCUAUGGCCUGGCACAGUUACUGCUGCUCAGGCAAAUUUGCAUAUAGUUACUUUUGGCAUCAACUCUCGAAAUGCUCUUAUGGCUGUUUGUGGAUCUAGAUCAGCUCCAACUGAUUUCUCUAUUAGCAAUUUGACUUCUAGGCGAGUACAACCUGGUGUGGCAGCAUAUCAUUCUUACAGUUGUUACAGCAGAAGAAUCUUCGAAAAUUGUAGAAAAGCUAGCAUGAGCUUGAAAAACGAAGAACAACCAAACAAUUUCUUGCUCUAUGGAUAUUUUAUAUAUAAUGUUGCAAAGAGAAACGGUAGUUCCAAGUCGUACCCAGGAUUUGGGUUUGAGGGUUUCUAUUUCUCAUUAUCUGCAUGUUCAUCUACUGGCACUGCUUCUGAUGCGACAUUUGAUAGCUCGAUGCAGGAGGAACUGCAUUCAAGUUCUGCAGAUUCUGCUGAUCUGAAGAUUCCAACAGACAGAACUCUAAAGCUAAAUUCAGCAUCAUGUUACCUGCCCCAUCCUGACAAAGAAGAAACUGGUGGAGAGGAUGCUCAUUUUAUUUGCUUGGAUGAACAAGCAAUUGGUGUAGCUGAUGGUGUUGGUGGAUUGGCUGAUCUUGGUGUUGAUGCAGGGCAGUAUGCUCGUGAGCUCUUGUCUAAUUCAGUCAAUGCAAUUCAGAACCAAGGGGUUCUAUUGAUCCAGCCAGAGUCCUGGAGAAGGCUCACACAAGCACAAAAGCAAAGGCUGGAGAGUGGUACUGCUGGAGAUUUGCCUAGCUCUGGAGAGGUCAGAUGGAUCCUGUUUCUUUUAUACCAUCUUUCUGCUAAUGGUUCUGUGAUUUUUGACAAGUGCAUAAGGAAUAUACGCAUGUUGCAAAAAUAUAAUUUAUCCUGUGAACGAGGGAAAUUGCAUUGGAAAUUUGUAGAGAGUGCUGGACGAGGAGAUGUUAUAGUUGUCGGUACAGAUGGACUUUUUGACAACUUGUUUAAUAAUGAUAUUACUACAGUAGUGGUUCAUGCUGUGAGAGCUGGUUUAGGGCCUCAAGUUACAGCCCAAAAGAUUGCAGCAUUGGCACAGCAACAAGCACAGGACAAAAGCAGGCAGACACCUUUCUCUACUGCAGCUCAAGAAGCUGGGUUCCGUUACUAUGGUGGAAAACUUGAUGACAUCACUGUAGUUGUUUCUUAUAUUGCCAGUGAACCUUGGAAAGCGCUUCAUCCAGCAGCUCUAGUUAGAGCCUGUUUGUACUUGCUCGUCGGCGUCAAUUUCCAGCAACUACCUGGAUUGCUUGGCAUCUUUUGGGACAAUACUGAUGUUUCACAUACGACAGUUUAG